AAUCAAAACAACUAGCCCAAUAGAAUUUACUGCUAAGUGCCAAACUCUCCAUUCUCAGCCACACCACAAACUGGAUUUUCUCAAUUUCUUCCUCCAAAUGACUUGUUAGUUGUUACAGUCUUACAGUGACUUGAUACUGAGAAGAUAAUCUGAAUCUUGCGAUGGAUCUCAAUCAUCUUCUUUCAACUCUUCUUCCAUCAUGGCCAUCGGCUGGGAUGCUACUCUUCUUCUUCGUUUAUCUGGGAAUUGCCGGAUCACUUCUUCCAGGAAAGCUCGUUCCCGGGGUAGUUUUGUCCGAUGGCUCUCGCCUCCACUAUCGCUGCAAUGGAUUGUUAUCGCUUCUUCUGUUUGUUUUUCUUCUUGGUUUUGGAGCAUGGAUAAAUCUUGUAUCGCCCACUGCAAUAGCAGACAGAGGGAUUGAAAUUUUGUCAGUGACAUUUAUAUUCAGUUUUUUGGCAACACUAGUACUCUAUUUGGUUGGAUUCAAGUCAAGAGCUUGCAGCUCAUCUCUGAAGCCUCACGUAACCGGAAACCUUAUCAGUGACUGGUGGUUUGGGAUACAGUUGAAUCCUCAAUUUAUGGGCAUUGAUCUGAAAUUCUUCUUUGUUAGAGCUGGAAUGAUGGGAUGGUUGGUUAUCAAUCUUUCAAUUCUUGCAAAAUGUAUUCAGGAAGGCGAUUUAAACCAAUCAAUGGUUCUUUACCAGAUAUUUAGCGGAUUGUAUAUUGUUGACUACUUUUUCUAUGAAGAAUUUAUGACCUCCACAUGGGAUAUAAUUGCAGAGAGGCUGGGGUUCAUGCUGGUUUUUGGCGAUCUAGUGUGGAUCCCUUUCACCUUCAGUAUUCAGGGCUGGUGGCUUUUAAGAAACAAAGUGGAGCUAACAACAGCUGCUGUAGUUGCAAAUUGUCUUGCCUUUUUGAUUGGGUAUCUUGUGUUUAGAGGAUCAAACAAGCAGAAACAUCUCUUUAAAAAGAACCCAAAAGCUCUAAUAUGGGGAAGACCUCCAAAAGUUGUUGGAGGGAAAUUGCUGGCUUCUGGCUAUUGGGGAAUUGCACGACACUGUAAUUACCUCGGGGAUUUGUUACUUGCACUGUCCUUCAGUUUGCCUUGUGGGAUAAGCUCUGCAGUUCCGUACUUUUAUCCUAUAUAUCUUCUUAUCUUGCUAAUAUGGAGGGAGAGAAGGGACGAUGCCCGGUGUGCCGAGAAGUAUAAAGAUGUUUGGGAAGAAUAUUGUAAACUUGUCCCUUGGAGAAUAUUGCCAUAUGUUUAUUAAAUUAAAGAACUGUUUGUUCACCAUUGUGGUAUCUGGGCAUAUCAAAUGGAUGUGAGCACCACCUCCCCACACACAAAGAGAUCGAAUACAGAUCCGAUUAGUUAUUGUAUUGUGAGUGCAGCUAAUUUGAGGAACUUUAGUUUUCUUAUAUUGUACUGUGUAGUUUCAAAUCUUUUGAGUGAAUCGGUUUAUUGAAAGCUUAGAUUUUGCCGUCACGGUCACAGUAAUAUCAACUAUUCUCAAAUAGGCAACGUCAUUUUUAUUACUUAUUGUACUUAUGUGUUCAAAUCCGUAUAUAUGAAAAAUUUAUU